AUGAGUGUCGGUGCCGUCGUCCUCCCUAUUGUGACUGUACAGCCCGACUUUGGUUCAGUGAUCUCAGAUGUACGUCAAGCACUGGUCUCGGACGAGACUUUUUGGCUCUCGUGCUACAAAGCAGGCGAGACCUCGGUUCAUGGCAAGGUGCUUGCCACUCUGGACGACGUCGAUCGCGAUCUUGUCCGCUUGGAGGGGAGAGAUGGCGUCGGAAUGGAACACCACAACGAGACUGUAUUCGCAGCUCGAUGCCCAGCGCUGAAUGUUCCACGCACACGCCUCGCCGUGCCCACAAAGUCUUACACCGGUCUUUCCUCUAAUCCACGCCGGGCGACUAAAAUCACAGCAUUCGACGUCGCUCCCGAUGGCAGCCAAUUCACCGUCGGCUACCACGACGGCUCCGUCUCCAUCCACUCCGCUUCCUCGCCCUCGGCCCCACCCACCAUCUGCAAGCCGCACCUCAGCACCGUCACUGCUCUCCGUUUCUUCCCCUCCUCCCGUGUCCUCCUCACUACCGGCAACGACUUCUCUGUCACCAUCAUCCCAGCCGAGCUGCCAGAUCCAUCUGCUGCCUCCGCACCACCGGCUCCCGCUCCCGCCCGCACCUUUCGUGGGCACGCGCGCGCAGUCACCUCGGCUGCGAUCGUCUCACGCGGCCGCAACCUCCUCUCGGGGUCUAAGGACAGUACGCUGCGCCUCUGGGACGCUCCCUCGGGCGAGCAGAUCCGCAUGAUGACCACCGCCGCACCGAUCCUUUCGCUCAGCCUCGGCACCGGCUCGGCCUCAAGCUCAGCCGCAGCUGACGGCACGCUAGACCCCCGUGAGGUGGACACCGCGGACAAGCUAGCAUUUUGUGCAUUGCAGGACGGUACAUUCGAGCAGGUCGACCUGCGCACCAAGACGCGCGUCUUCCGCUCCACCGCCGGAACGGGCGCGAGCGCGCUGAACACGAUUGCGUACGCAGCGGAGCACAGCCUUCUUGCGACGGGAUCCGCUUCGGGCCUAGUUUCCAUCUACGAUGUACGCGCGCUCGGCGCACCGCUGACGACAUUCAGGCGCAACAGUGCAUCCGUAGAGGACGUCGCAUUCGUUGACCUUGGCCGUUCGGCAUUCGCGCUGCCACACCUGGAAGUCAACGGGACUGUGCCACAUACGAAUGGUGAUAUUGCGGAGGUCGGGCUCGCAAUCGCCACGGAGGACGGGCUGCCGUACAUCGCGAGCGUGCACCCACAUGCGCCCAGUGUGCGUGCUGAGCUUGUGGGGACAGACUGCGAUCCUGUGCGCGCUGUGCGGGUUGUGCAAGGAGAACAUUUGUGGACUGCAGCAGACGAUGGGGUUGUGCGUCAAUAUCGGGUAUGAUGAGAAGGUUUAGCGAGCAGAUAAUGUAUGCUGUAUCAAUAUCCUGGGCCUGGAAUAUGUACGUGCCUUGAGGUCCUUCACGAUUUCAUCUGAAUGCCCCGCUUGUGCUUAGAGCUGUUGCAAACAAUGUAUCCAUCGUGUUCCGUUA